UUAGUUAUUGCGGGGACAAUAGAAAGGGUAAGGGUAGGCUUAAAAUAACUUAAGGAUUUACACAAAAUCGAAGCACUUCUCUCAACCAAUCACCUCAAGUUACUUCAGGGGUUCACGGAUCCUCCAAGGACCCGAAAACACCAGAUCAUCCAAGCCCAUCUUCCCCACCAGCGACCAUCACUGGACAGAGUGAGCAUAGAACCGAGUCGAGGCGAGCAGUGAGUGAUUAGGGGAGGGCGCGACGAUCAGCGACGAUGUUCCUGCGGGUAAUCGCGCGGCCAUUGAUGGCCAAGGUGAAAGAAACGACGGGGAUCGUUGGGUUAGACGUGGUGCCCAACGCGAGGGACGUUCUAAUCUCUCUCUACGGCAAAACCCUAAAGGAAAUCCAGUCCGUCCCCGAGAACGAAGGGUACCGUAAGGCUGUGGAGAGCUUCACACGGCACCGUUUGAAGGUGUGCCAGGAGGAGGAAGACUGGGAGCAGAUCGAGAAGCGGCUCGGGUGCGGCCAGGUCGAAGAGCUCAUCGAAGAAGCCCAGGACGAGCUCAAACUCAUCGCCAAGAUGAUUGAGUGGGACCCAUGGGGUGUUCCUGAUGACUACGAAUGCGAGGUUAUUGAGAAUAAUGCUCCGAUUCCUAAGCAUGUUCCACAGCACCGGCCUGGUCCUCUCCCUGAAGAGUUCUACAAGACACUGGAGGCUGCUACCACAGACCCUAAAAAAAUUCAGCCAGAAGUGGCAUCCAGUGAGUCACAGUUGAAGGAGUAACAUGCAGCGCAGUUUUAUUUUCUCACCAAGAAACCAAAGAGUUCUGAGGCUGAAUGUUGUAUUUCUCCUUCGUGUUUAUUUGUUAAGCCUGUGUUAUAUUUUGCUAUAUUCGAUAGACCUUAAUUGAUGGGACAACUUGAACUGUUUAAUUAAUAAUCUCCAGUUCAAAUGGUUUCUGAA